AUGACUACAAAAACGAUUCUAGUGAUUGGGGGAAACGGCGCACAAGGUGUGCCUGUUGUGCAGGGGGGCAUCCUACUUCCACUAAUCUCUACGGGACUGAGCCAGCAUGGAUACCAUGUUCGUGUGCUCAGUAGUAAUGAAAAUUCAGAGCACUCGAAGAAACUUCGGGACAUUGUCCCCAAUGUUCAAUUUGUGACCGGCCGGCCUACUGAUGAGACUGCUCUACACUCUGCCUUUGCAGGCGUGGACUACGCUUUUGUCAACCUUAAUAGUUUUUCUCUGGGAAUAAAAAACGAAUUUCGUGUCAAGCACUAUGUAUGGUCGUCUCUCGACCAUUAUGCUCUAGAGACAAAGUUUGACGACGCUCUUCGAUGCGGCCACUACUAUGGUAAGGAUCAUGUCAGACGCUGGAUGUCAUGCCUGCCACAAAGCCCUAUGAAAUGGUCUGUUGUGUGUACUGGGCCGUACUACCAACGUUACGAUUGA